AUGUCUCCUCUCAAGAGCAGCUUCGGUGCAAUGAGCCGAGCCAAGGCUACACCCAACAAAGGAAAGUCCAAGGAUGAACGAUUUGCUCAAUUUGAAAAUGAGGACGGCGACGUCUUUGAUGGCGAGCAUCAUGCUUCAGAAGACAAUGUCUUCAACGAUGGGCGCCGCGCUUCCACCGAGAGCCACCUCAGAGGUGGCGAGUAUGGCCAGGAAGACUCGCGUCCCAAGACCAUCGUCACAUGGACCAGUCGUAACAGCGCGGUUAAAGAAGAGAGCAACGAGGUGGACGCUCAGGACAUUUACCCCUCCACCGCUUGCAUUUUUGUUGCCAACCUGGCUUCCAACGUUUCAGAUGAAGAGCUUGAGGAGGAAGUGGUGGCCGUCUUUGAGAAAUUCGGCAAGGCAUUCGUCAAGCUCCGCCGCGAUACUCGCAACAUGCCGUAUGCUUUCGUGCAAUACACUUCGGACAAUGAUGCUCAACGUGCUUUCGAGAAUGCACAAGGAAUCAAAAUCAGUGACCGUUGCUGCCGCGUCGAAAAGGCCAAGGCCAACUUGUCCAAGAGAUCCGGAGAAGCCAUCUCCGAGGAGGAAGCUGGCCGCUUGCUCCGUCCUCUCGGGCAACUCUCUGAAGUUACCCCUCUGGACUGGGAGACUCAACGAAAGUUCGGCUUGCCUCCAUCAAUGCGUAUCCAGUUCACUUUGUUUGACUCUGGGCGGGACCCUGUCAGAGCCUUCAAGGACCACCGAUUCUAUCGAGUGACGUCGCUAGAGCUCAACAAGGCGCCUGUUGCAGCCAACUCUGUGAACGCGAAGAGAGAAUUGGUCAAUAAGCGAUCGGUAUUCAUCGGAGACUUGCCUCCCAACUCCUCGGAAGAGGAACUUAGGGAGAUGGCCAUCGGCUGCGGCAAGGUCCUUGCGGUCAAGGUCCGAACUCGAUCAUAUGUUGGCAGCACAGAGGAAAUUUGCUUUGCUUUUGUCGAGUUUGAGUCAGCGGAAUCUGUGCAAGACAUGAUUGCCGCAUAUGAUGGAAUCGAACUCCGUGGUCAUAGGCUUCGCCUGCAACAGCGCCAGUCUCGCACCAUCAUGUCUUCCGAUGACCCAUUCACGCCUACACCGGGGCGAGCCAAACCCCGAGCUGCCGUUUCUACCCCAUCUUCAUCUCGGCACACCAUGCCCGAGUCCUGGAGAGGCAAGCAAGCCAGGCAGCCCACCGACGAGUCUCUGAAAACCCCAUCUCGGGCUCCCACUCGCGUGUACCCUUCAUCUGAGCGGACGCACACUGAAGGUCGCUGGGGUCGCAUUUCAGGUGAUGGACCUAACAACUCCACGCAGAGCUCAUCUGCCUCUGCUACGCCCCAAGGUAUAAUGGCACAAAACAUCAGUGCUGCGCAGCAGGGUGCCCUGAUGAGAUAUCUGGAGCAAACGUCCGAGCAAGCCAGUAUGCUUGCUCAAGUCAAUAACCUCACUCCGCCAAGUGCCCAGCGGGCACUUGUUGCCGGUGCAACCCCGGCCGCCACCCUCCCUUACGGGAUGAACCCCUUCAUGAUGUCACCCAUUAGUCCUCUGGCGGCUUUCCAAGCACCUGCAUUCAUGAACGCAGGUGGUAUGCCUGUGCCCGGGCACUUUUAUGCAUCCCCAUACGGAUGUUUUGACAUGCCUGGGUACGUGCACUAUCCAUGCAUUCCUCCCCCCGACCCAGUCAUGACCGCUCCCAGCGGCGACGAAACUCCAACUCGAGGCCAUUACACUCGCAACCGGGGCGAGCCCUACUCCAACGGCUCCCCUUCUCACACAAAUCAGAGAGAGAAUUGA